AUGGCGGGAAUAAGUGAUACAGAUCUUGUACGUCAGGGUGAAAAUAAAGUGCCACUGAAGUGUUCACUAUGCAAGCAUGUGUAUGACGUCACCGACAGACUACCUAAGUAUCUUCCCUGUCUUCAUACAUUCUGUGCAAUUUGUCUAGCUUAUGCUGUUGGCAGAAUAUUCCAAUGUCCCGGAUGUCAACAAAAGAAUUACAUCCCCAUACACAUAGACAUAAUUCCAACAAAUUUCGCAUUUCUAAAUUAUAAUCAAUUGCUUUGUCAUAAGAAUCAGAUUAAGCACAGUAAACUACCAUCCCGUCAAAGCUGUUGCCGUAACAAACAAACACUGAAUGUUUCACAUUGUUCGGACUGUGAUGCAUACCUUUGUCAAUAUUGUCAUGACAACCACGAUCAUAUUGAGUAUUUGAAAACACAUGAAGUGAAAACUAUUGAAGAAUUGAAACAGUUAUCAGAAGAUUCACUCAUCUCGUUCUUUCAUCAAAAACGAUUUUGUUCAAAAGGAAGGGGUCACACUGACCAGAGAAUAACACUGUACUGUGAUCAUCGCAAUUGCCAGUCACCAAUAUGUCUGCAGUGCGCCCUCUUAGAACAUAAUGCAAUUUACCACCAGCCAAUCAACAUAGAGAACGCAGUUUUGAAAUACAAGGAAAUAAUCAACGGCAAACUUGACAAAGCAAUCGAUAAAACUAGGGAGAUAUCUCUCCAAAUUAAUCAAAUUAAUCAAGAAUUAUCCAACCUUAAAGAUAACACUACAAAACAAGUAAAUGAUGUUGAACAUUACUUCUCUGAAUUAAUCAAAAAAAUCAACAGUAGAAAACAACAGUUGGUCUGUGAAAUCGAGAAGCAACACAACGUACUGCAAACAUCGCUCAAUAUUGAGAAAAAGAAACUACAGAUGAGGCAAUAUAUCGUUGAUACAUCUGUGAAAUUCACAGAAUUCACACUAAAAUAUGACAGUGAUGUGGAACUAUUGACAACUAAAUACGAUGUAUGCAGUCAACUGGACAAGGUCUCAUCACAAACAAUACCAGAUCGCAAAUCAACGACAGAACAGUUCCCGAGAUUCUUUCAUCCUCAGAGUGUAAAUCUAAAUAUGGUAAAUAAUACAGUGUUUAGUGGGCAUCAAGGUAACAUCAGUUGUGACGUCAUCAAGAAUGAUGCGGUAGUUGGUAAAACCUGCAAUUUCACUAUAACCCCACGUGACAUGAAUGAAGCCUUACCUGUCAUAGUCCGUGAUCCUGACAGUCGACAUGUGGAAACUCACAUUACCACGAAACAUGACGUGACCUUCAAACCUACCAAGGUAGGAAGUCAUGAAAUAGUUUUGAAUAAGUAUGAUGCACCAGCAGACUCCAACCUGUAUAUCAUUGAUGUGAUAGAUACCAAGGGACUGUGGAAAGUAGGUAGGACAGGGGUGAACAAUGCAGAAUUCAAUACACCUGUAGGUAUUACUGUUGAUAAGAUGGGAAACGUUCUGAUAGCAGAUGCUGGUAACAAAAGGAUACAGAUACUUGACAGUAAUGGCAAAUACAUUGAUCAGAUACUGCUUGAUUCAGAGCGUCCCAUUGGUGUUGCCAUGGCAUUGAAUAGUAAUAUUGUUGUGGUAGAAUUUGACACUAAACAUGUUCAUAUAUACAGCGAAAAUAGAGAAAAGAUAAAACAGUUCACAUAUAAAGAAUUUGUAAAACCUUAUGGCGUAACUGUCAACAGUAAAGGACAUAUAUUGGUAGCUGAUCCUAAGGCACAUUGCAUCUUUGUGUUUACAUCUGAUGGAGAUUUCAUAAUGAAGAUUGGGAAGGAAGAAGGUGAAGGUAAACUGAAUAACCCCCACUUCGUUGCUACUGGCAGGAAUGAUGACGUCAUUGUGUCGGACACUUAUCAAGGACUGGCAUUAUUCACCAAACAUGGACAGUUUAUACGUAGAAUUCAUCAAAUAGGAGACGAUGACAAGCUAUAUGACUGCACUAGUGUUGCAGUUAACAGUGAUUAUAGCAUAAUAGUAGCCGACGAACAGUCCAUACCACAUAGAAUAUUGGUACUGACGUAUGACGGUACGCUUAUUCGAUCUCUUGAAAGUCAGCACCAUAAACUGAGCAGACCGCUUGGUGUAGCUGUGACUGAAGAUGG